CCCCACCAUAAUAAUAUUAUAGUAAUAGUAAAAAUGGUCUCUUAUCAACAAGACACGAAAAUGGAUUUAGAUCAAAGUCCUAUAGAAGUUUUGAAUGAACUUCGUAAACAGUGUUCACCUGAUUUACAAGAAUACCUAAACACGUUUGAAGACCUUUAUGACCGUAAAUUAUGGCAUCAACUUACCUUGAAGAUUGAAGAAUUUUUUUCGAUACCAGCCUCGGGGUCAUUUCAAGUACCUUUAUUUCAACAUUUUAUAUCUGACUGGGAGAAUAGGAUGAACAAGCUUAAAUUAGUAACAUUGGGACUUUCCGUUGUGAAACAGUUUAAUGAUAACAAUCAAGCAUUAAGUUUUCUGACGUCUCUGGUAGAGAAAGUUAACACACCUGACACGAGAGAUGCAUAUGUUCAUGCUGUCAUGGAAACGGCUUAUAUAAAACUUAUUUUAGGCGAUUUUGAAGGAACAAAGAGCGCCAUUGAUGAAUGUGAAAAAAUUCUUGACAAGUUUGAUUCAGUAGAAACCGUUAUUCAUGCAAGUUUUUAUAGAGUUUGUGCUGAAUAUUUUAAGGCAAAAGCAAAUUUUCCAGAAUUUUACAAAAAUGCUCUGCUUUAUUUAGCAUGCAUUAAUCUUGAUGCUUUGACACCGGAUGAAAAAACUAAUAGAGCGUAUGAUUUGGCAAUUAGUGCUCUCUUAGGAGAAACUAUUUAUAAUUUUGGUGAGCUGUUAAUGCAUCCUAUCUUGGAUGCUUUAACAGGAACUCCUCAUGAAUGGCUUAGAAAUCUACUGUUUGCGUAUAAUGUAGGAGAUCUUGCAAAGUUCGAAACGUUAUCAGUGAAUUUUGCUCAAAUGCCACUUUUACAAGAUAGUUUUGUGUUUUUGCGCCAGAAGAUUUGUUUGAUGUCAUUGAUUGAAGCUGUAUUUCAGAGAAGUUCGGAUAACAGAACUAUUUCAUUUUCAACUAUUUGUUCUGUAACUUUAUUACCACCUGAAGAGGUGGAAUAUUUAAUUAUGAAAGCUCUCUCGCUUAAACUAAUUCGUGGAUCGAUUGAUCAAGUUCGAGAAGUUGUUAUGGUUACAUGGGUUCAACCACGUGUAUUAGAUUUAGUUCAAAUUGAUGGUAUGAGACAAAGAUUGCAAGAAUGGGACGAGAAUGUAAAGAAAACUGCUAUUAUUGUAGAAAAUGAAACUCCCGAAUUAUUUGUUCAAUAAAUGCAAUUUUAUAAUAAUCUU